CGCUGCUCGCCCACCCCCAGGCCUCGCCGCCACCGGUCCCCCGACUCCCCGCGGGAAAGUCGCAGCCUGAGCGACGUGGCCCAGAGGCCCCCCGACGGCGCCAGGAAGCACAGGACCCGCAGCUGGCGCCCCAAAGAUGCCUGGACGGAGCCAAGGUCCCAGCCCCAACCGCUGCGGGGCAGCCUGCACCGCCCGGCCUGGCGGCUGCAGUCCCAGCUGCCAGCCAGACAGCCCGCGCCCUGCCCGCACUACCCUCCAGCCCGGGGAGCCUCGCCCCCGCCGUACCCCGAGGGCGCGUACACGUCCCUAAGUGGGACUUUCGGGGCAGAAGAGGGGCAGAGCGGAGACCUGUGGGCAGUGCCGGUCUGCGCGGGCCUGGACUGCUGGUCCGUCUCCUCUCUCCCCUCGGAGAGGUCCUCUGCGCUGUCCGCCUGCGUGUACACCCCGAGGAGGGACAGGGACAGUGGUGACCGGGCGGCGUCAUCAGCCGGCCGGUGCUCCCAGCCCGCAGUCCCCGGCCAGGAGCUGAAGAGCCAGCGCACCCAGAUCCUCAAGAACAAGCUGGAAGAGGCGGUGACGUCCUCUGGGGACCAGAAGAUCGUGGCCCUGGUGCUGACCCGGCUCAAGAAGGCGCAGAGGAUGCGAGAGCUGCAGCAGCUGGCGGCGGCCGCCUGGGAGGAGCUCAAGCGCUCGGACCACAAGGUCCAGGUGACCCUGGAGAGGGAACGCAAGCUGCUGCUGCAGCAGAACCGGGCCCAGUGGCAACAGAACCGGGCCCUGUGGCAGCGGGAGAAAGAGCAGCGCAAGAGUCGCCUGAGCCGGGAGCAGCAGCGGGCCCGGAGGCAGGGGGACAGUCAAGCCAAGAACGCGGCCCAGCAGGAGACCCAGCGCCAGGCCAGGCAGGAGAGGGCCCGCACCCAGGCCACGCUCAGGAAGCAGGGCGAGGUGCAGCGCCUGCAGGAGCAAGAGGAGCUUGAGCAGGAGCAGCGGAAGCAGGACAUCCAGGAGCUGCAGGAGAGGCUGCUUCAGACCUGUCCCAAGAAGCAGCUGCGGGCCACCAUGGGCCAGAAGAAGGUGCGGGAGGCCCAGCUCAGCUCCCUAGUCAACUACCAGGCCCGCAAGAUGCUCAGGGACUGCCAGGCCAAGGCCGAGGAGCUCCUCAGGAAGCUGUCCCUGGAACAGAGUUCCCAGCGGUCCCAAGAGAUCCACAGGGGCCUGGUUAAGGAGCGUCACCGGGAGCUGAGGGACAAGGCCCGCAGGGAGGAGGCGCAGUACCAGCAGGUCCAGCUGCGCGCCGAGGAGCUGGAGCAGCAGCGGCAGGCGCGCAAGAGGCUGCUGGUGAAGCUGGCCGACCAGAAGAUCCAGGAGGCCCGGGGCGCCGCCCGCAGGAGCCUCAGCGACAAAGCCCAGCACCUCCGAGAGCUCAACGCCCUGCGGGAGAGGACCCAUCACAUCCUGAAGCUGAAAGCCGAGAAGGAAGAGAAGUGCCACAUCGAGGGCAUCAAGGAAGCCAUUCGCAAAAAGGAGCAGAGGCUCUCGCAGGAGAAAGGCGCCCCCUUCGAGGAGCUCCAGAAGGUUUCCAGGGCCUCGCGGAGAGAUGGGGAGAGCCCGUCGGUCAACAGCUGCUGCGCUCGGCUGGCGGGCGAGGCCCCGGGGCGCGCGGGUCAGCACCGGCCGGGCGACUGA